AUGAGACAGCUAUUCGAGCUUCAGCCGUCUUAUUGGUCGUGGACCAAAGGCCUCAAGGCCAUUGAUCAAGUGCUAGAGAUACUCGAGUAUCUUCAUUCUCGGAACAUCGCACACUGCGAUUACAUGUUGGAAAAUGUUGUUUGGGCAAGAGGCGACGAACCCGUCCAAGGCGCUGUGCCCCACCAACCGUACAUCAUCGACUUCGAGCGAUCUAUGGUUCUUCCGCUUGGACCUGGAAAACAGGGCCGCGUCCAGAUACCUGACACCAGAUUCAUCGAAGACGACGAGCCGCCGCUGGACCCAUACGCGUGGGACAUGUACUGCUUCGGUCGCGACAUCUACACGUUCGUCGUCCACUUCAACUAUGAUUCUCGCGUAAACCAUACAGAGCCGUGGGUCCUCAAAUGGUAUCAAGAUUGGAUAUAUGGCAUUGAGGACAAGUGCCGAGGCUGUCCCGAUGUCGCGCCGGAAUUCAAAGACCUGGAGGACAAAGACGCCGCCAACAAGGAGCCCGAGGGACACCGCGCGCGACUGGUCGAGCAUGACGGCACGGGCGGGGGCGGGGCGAUGCGGAGCGGGGGGACGGGCGCAACAGAGGCUCGCGGGAGGUAUUUAGUCAGACCCCCGCACCCUGUUUUCGAGCCAGACGAGAACAGGGCGGUCUCGAGCAGUCGCCCCACCUGA